CCCCGAAGGCCAUGGCUCAGGCCUCCGCAGCAAUGGAAACGGACCAGUUGUACACCUUGACCAACUACGGGCUGCAGUGGUGCCUCAAGGAGUUGGAUAAGGAAGAGUUCCACACCUUCAAGAAACUGCUGAAGGAGAAGUACUCGGAGGUGACCAAGAACCCCAUCCCUUGGGCAGAGGUGGAUGCCGCCGGCCCUGAGGGUCUGGCCGCCCUCCUGCUUGAGUACCAUGUGGGGCACCUAGCCUGGACUGUCUGCAUUAACAUCUUUCGAGAGAUGAGCCUCUUCACGCUCACAGAGAAAGCGCGGGAGGAGGAGAGGAAAGUAUGUUCAAUGUCUGAGAUCUCAAAGUCUGAGCUACCAAAGACUACCCAAGGACCCAGUGAAGAAGAAGCACCAGGCCUUACACUUCUCUUGCAGAAACUUCGCAAACUAUGCAGCAAGACGGUGGGACAGCUGCAGAGACACGCAGACCAGCAUAAUGGUAGGACCAGGAAAUUGAAGGUCCCAAGAUACGGAUAUUUGGUAUUUAUCAGCUACCUGCUGGGUGCCUCGCAGGACUACAAGGACCGUGUGAUAACCAGAUUCACCGCAGAGUUAAACAGACACCCCCGCUUGCAGAGUACUGCCGGCUGGACAGAAAUACAAACACUGGUUGACGCUUUUCACGCAGACCAGCAGGGCUUCCGAGCACGCACCGUCGUCCUGCAUGGCAAGUCAGGCACAGGGAAGUCAGUUUUGGCUCGAAGGCUCAUGCUGAGCUGGGCGCAGGGCACAUUCCACCAGGACACCUUCUCCUACGCCUUCUUUCUCCAGGCCAGGGAGAUCCGAUGGAUGGAGGAGAGCAGUUUUGCAAAGUUGAUCACCAGAGAGUGGCCAGGCUCCCAGGCUCCAGUGGCAGAGAUUAUGUCCCAGCCUGAGAAGCUCUUGUUUGUGGUGGACAACUUUGAUGACCUGGACACCAGGCUCGGGGAGGAUGAUGAGCAGCUCUGUGUAGACUGGGCCGAAGAGCAGCCGGCCUCAGUCCUGAUGCGCAGUCUGCUGAGGAAGGUGCUGCUGCCGGAGUCCUCCCUGCUGGUCACUGUCACAGACGUGGGCGUGGAGAAGCUCAAGUCACUGGUCCAGUGCCCCCUUUACCUGAUGGUGGGGGGCAUGUCGGUGGAGAGGAGAACUCGGCUGCUCCUUGAGCACAUCACAGAUGACCCUUCCCGGACACAGCUCUUGCGCUCAGUAGUGGACAGUCACCGGCUCCUGGACCAAUGCCAGGUCUCCACAGUGUGCCUGAUGCUCAGCAUGGCCCUGCGGCUGAGGAGCAGCUCGGCCCCCGUCUGCCGGACCCUCACAGGCCUGUAUGCCGCCUUCCUGUUCCACCAGCUCAGGCCCCGAGAUGUACCACUGCGCUGCCUCAACCAGGGGGAGAGGGUGACCCUGAAGAGCUUGUGCCGGAUGGCAGCCGAGGGCGUGUGGACCACGCGCUCCGUGUUCUACAAGGACAACCUGCGGGUGCACGGGCUGAGGGUGGACGCGCUGUCCGCCCUGUUCCACAUGGACGUCCUCCUCCAGGAGGACCGCGGGGAGAGCACUUAUACCUUCCUGCACCCCAGCCUGCAGGACUUCUGUGCCGCCCUGUACUACCUCCUGGAAGGGCGGGAGAGGGAGCAGGACCGCUGCCUCCUGUUAAUCGAGAACAUGCCGGAGCUGAAGGAGCUUCAGCAGAUGGCCUUGGGCUCUCACCUGCUCGGCAUGAAGCGGUUCUUAUUCGGGCUCAUGAACAAGGACAUACUAAAGGCGCUAGAGGACCUGCUGGGCUGCCAGGUGUUCCUGGGGGUGAAGCAGAGACUCCUGCGCUGGGUGUCUCUGCUGGCCCCGCGGGCCACCACGGCCACCCCCCGGGAUGUGCUGGACUCCUUCCACUGCCUCUUCGAGACUCAAGAUGAAGAGUUUGUCCUUUCUGCGUUGAGCAGCUUUCAGGAAAUGCGGCUUCCCAUCAACCAGAGGGAGGACCUCGUGGCCUCCUCCUUCUGCCUCCAGCGCUGCCAGCAAUUGCAGAAGAUUCGGGUGGACGUCAGAGACAUCUUCGUGAGGAGCGAGCUUGCUGGAAUGUGCCCUGUGGCUCCCCCCAGGCUGCAGCAGAAGGCCCUCGUGGACGAGUGGUGGGAAAGCUUCUGCUCUGUCCUCGGCACCCACCCGAAUCUGCAGCAGCUCCACCUGGGAAACAGCAUCCUGAAUAAAUGGGCCAUGAAGACACUCUGCCUCAAGCUAAGAUGGCCGACCUGUAAAAUACAGAAUCUGAUAUUUAAAGAUGCGGAGGUCAAGCCCGGCCUGCAGUACCUCUGGAUGACACUCAUCAUCAACCGGAACAUACGACGGCUGGACCUGGGCAGCACGGCCCUGCGGGAGGACGACGUGAAGGUGGCCUGUGAGGCCUUGCGACACCCCAGCUGCCUGCUGGAGGCCCUGAGGCUGGACUCCUGUGGGCUGACCCAAGCCUGCUACCCAGUGAUCUCCCAGAUGCUCGCCACAGCCACCAGCCUAAAAUCCCUCAGCCUGGCAAGGAACGAGGUGACAGACAAGGGCCUGGAGCCGCUCUGUGGAGCCCUGAGGACCUCGCUGUGCACCCUGACAGAGCUGGUGCUGGACACCUGUGGCCUCACAGCCGCUGGCUGCCAAGACCUGGCCUCCAUCCUCGUCCACAACCACAGCUUGACGCACCUGUGCCUGUCCAACAACCAGCUGGGGAGCGAAGGGCUGAACCUGCUGUGCCGCUCCCUCCGGCUUCCCCACUGUGCCCUCCAGAGGCUGAUACUAAACCAGUGCCACCUGGACGUGGUGGGCUGCGGCUUCCUGGCAUUGGCCUUCAUGAGCAACCCACAUCUGGGGCUGACGCACCUGAGCCUCAACAGGAACCCUUUGAAGGACAAAGGGUUGAAGCUUCUGUGUGAGGUCCUGCAGGAACCCUGCUGCCACCUUCAGGACCUGGAGUUGGUGAGUUGCCAGCUCACCGCGGACUGCUGCAAGAACCUGUCCUGCAUGAUCGCCAGGAACAAGCACCUCCAGAGCUUGGACCUUGCCGCCAAUGCCCUGGGGGACAGUGGAGUGACAGCGCUGUGCGAGGGACUGCGGCAGCCUGACAGCUCGCUGCGGAGACUCGGGCUAGAGGCUUGCAGACUGACCACUGAUUGCUGCGAGGUGCUGGCCUCCGCCCUGUCCUGCAACCACUCCCUGACCAGCCUGAACCUGCUGUGCAACAACUUCUACCCCUCAGGGAUGACCCUGCUGUGCUCCGCCUUCUCCCGGCCCACGUGCAACCUAAGAAUAAUUGGCCUGUGGAAGGAGCAGUAUCCCGUGGAGAUAAGAUGGCUGCUGGAGGAUGUGCAGCGGCUCAGGCCCCACGUGGUGAUCGACAGCAGCUGGUACUCCUUUGACGAGGACAAGCGGUACUGGUGGAAAAGCUAAAGACGGGAGACCUCCAUCUGCAGCCAUCUGGACCUUGAGGAGUGGCUCCUCAGGGCUGCAGGAUGACCUGGCUCUCUGUCCCCUCCCCAUGGUGGUGGUGAUUCUCUUCCCACGCAACUUGGUUGCUGCAUUUGAAGGUGGGGACCUUCAGGUCACAGGACCUUGGCAUCUAUGUCGGUCCCACACUGAGCACAGAGGGAGUAAAAUAAACACAGCAUUUGGAAA